CCCGAGCUACUGAGGGUCUAAGUCCGGGCAGCCGAAGAGUGUGGUAGGUAACGGUCGCCAGCGCAAGGGUCAUUUCGUCGCUGGGAAGGGACGGCCCUCGCCCGCGGUGAUGGUGGGGCCAAAGGCGAGAUGAAUUAUGAGGUUCCAUAAUUCUGGGGAUGCUACAGGACUGGACCUUAGAGAAUUGUUUUCGAAAAGGUUAACCUCCCAGGUUAGCAAGAUGAACAAAGAUGCGCAGAUGAGAGCAGCGAUUAACCAAAAGUUGAUAGAAACCGGAGAAAGAGAACGCCUCAAAGAGUUGCUGAGAGCUAAAUUAAUUGAAUGUGGCUGGAAGGAUCAAUUGAAGGCACACUGUAAAGAGGUAAUUAAAGAAAAAGGACUAGAACACGUUACUGUUGAUGACUUGGUGGCUGAAAUCACACCAAAAGGCAGAGCCCUGGUACCUGACAGUGUAAAGAAGGAGCUUCUACAAAGAAUAAGAACAUUCCUUGCUCAGCAUGCCAGCCUUUAAGAUUGAAUUAGAUUGUGUUGUUUUGUGGUCUUAUUUCUGAAAGUAAAACUUGCCAUAAAUUAGGAAUCGCUUUCCCCAAAUAAAAUCCUUUUUUGUAUGAUGGUAUACAGUUUUCGGUAAUGAUGUAUACAUUGUAUUGAUUUUUUUUCCCCUAAAUGUGUUAUUUUAAUAAAUAUCUCAUGAAUGAG